AAAAGAGGCGAGUCGCGGCCGGGAAGCAGAGCAACCCUCGGAGGCCCGUCGCUCUGCCGGCCACCAUGUUCCAAGGGCCCGAGACCGACACGGCCAGACCCAGCUCCAGGGUGUUGCAACCACCAGGUGGAACCUCCAGCAAUCUCUUUGGAAGUCCAGACGUGUCCUCUUCUUCCAAAUCACAGAAAAUGGCCUCCAACAUAUUUGCAGCAGCUGAAGAACCCCUGAAUUUCCCAAAGAGAACGAAUCCCCCAGGUGGGAAGGACAGUGGCAUUUUUGAGGAUCAUAAACCUAAUGAAUCCCGGCAAUUUAUAAACCCACCUGGAGGAAAAACAAGCAACAUCUUUGGGACUCCGUCGCCUGUCAGCACAGUCAAAGCACAUCCAAAUAAGCCCAAGGAUCACACCUUUCUCUUGAAUGAUAGAGGAGGUUCGGCACGGGAAGUAAAAGUUCCAGAAGACCAAAGGCCACCGGUAGAAUUGCCGAAGGAGAAGAAGGACCUGCCGAAGGAGACCACCAAAGAACCUGGCCCCAAGAUAGAUGAUCACGAGCCCAGGCUGGGACCACGGCCGCGUUCUCACAACAAAGUCCUCAACCCGCCGGGAGGCAAAUCUAGCAUUGCGUUCUAUUAGGGAAGACCACUUCCUCAACCCCCUCCCCCU